AAGCCCAGACCAAACAUGGCAGGACGACCUCUCCGCAUUGGAGACCAGCUGGUUCUGGAAGAAGAUUAUGAUGAGACCUACAUUCCCAGUGAGCAAGAAAUUCUUGAAUUUGCCAGAGAGAUUGGUAUCGAUCCCAUCAAGGAACCAGAAUUGAUGUGGUUGGCACGAGAGGGCAUUGUGGCCCCACUGCCCAUGGAGUGGAAACCAUGCCAGGACGUCACGGGUGAUAUUUACUAUUUCAACUUUGCCAAUGGGCAGUCCAUGUGGGACCAUCCAUGUGAUGAACACUAUCGUAACCUGGUCAUCCAAGAACGAGGAAAGCUGUCAACUGGAGCCAUUAAGAAGAAAGAUAAGAAAAAAAAAAAGGAAAAGAAAGAUAAGAAGGACAAAGAGACCUCCAAAAGUCCCCUGGCCCCGGGUUCCUCAUUAGCCCCAGUCCAUGUUCCUCUUGGGGGCCUGGCUCCAUUACGAGGCCUUGCGGAUGCCCCACCCUCUGCUCUUCGUGGAUCUCAAAGUAUGAACCUGGGAAACUCAGUGGAGUCCAGUCAGCUUGGAGAACUGGUAAAGACUUUGUCUUGUGCUGCUUUUACAAAGGGUCUCUUGGAAUCCAUUCAUGAGGAUAAGAAUGCUCUCAACCUCUUGGCUUUGGGGGAGGAGACCAAUGAGGAGGAGGAGAGUGACAACCAGAGUCUCCGCAGCUCAAGUGAACUUCUUAAGAACCUGCAUCUGGACAUUGGGGCACUGGGGGGUGACUUUGAAUAUGAGGAGUCUCUCAGAACAAGCCAGCCAGAGGAAAAAAAGGAUCCUUCUCUUGAUUCCAAUGCUGCUGGACCCCCUACUCCUGGCAAGCUCUUCAGCCAGGGUGCAGACAGCAGCCUGAGCAGUGCUGAUGGCCAAGAGCAACAGGGAAGAGUGGUGGGCUCUCAGCUCCCAGGAAAAGAACAGAAUGAGAAGAGUAAUACCGGGGUCUCUGGAAGUCAGGACCACAGGGUGGACACAGGGAGCGAUCAUCCUUCCAAAGCCUCUGAAAAGGAGAAACUGAUGGAUCUGGUGGAUAAAGGAGAGGAGAACUUCGAGAAGGAAGAGGAAGUGGAGAAGCUGAAAAGGGAGGCUUCUUCCCCAAAAGAGAAUGGAUCAGUUGCUAGUGAAGAGUCAAACAUCAGUGAACAUGUGAAGGAGCGACAACUCUCAGACUCUGCUGCUUCUGACCCCAAGUCCUUCCUUGACCUGGACUUUGGUUUUCACAGCCGGAUCACAGAGCACCUGUUGGAUGUUAAUGAACUUUCCCCGGUCCUGGAGGGAGCCCACUGGGAGGCCCAGGGACUGGAAAGAGAGGACAAAGUUGACAGCCAGUCCAGCCGAGAUGAGCUGCAGAGCAUGCAGUCCAAAGGCUCUGAGAGGUUAUCUCCCUCACUUUUGCUUGCGGAGUGGCUUCAGAGUCCCCUUCCCAGCCAGGCCACGGGACGAGGGCCUCUGCAGGCCCCUGAGGGGCAGCCUGAGCAGAAGGAGGCAGGGAAGCCUCUGGAGGACUCUCUAGUCAGCUCCACUCUGCCAGUUUCCCUUCAGAGGGAGCGGGUUCCAAGCGCACUUGCAGCCCACGAGAGGGGCAUGGGGCAGCGCUCCCAAGCCGAGGAGCUGGGUCCUGGGCAGGAAGAGGCUGAGGAGCCCGAGGAUCAGGUGGCAGUCAGGCCCACCCCUUCAGUCUCUCCAGAAGUGCAAUCCACAGAGCCUGCAGCUCCCUCAAAGCAGCAAUCAGUGGCUACUCUAAAGCUCUUGGAAGAGACAGUAGCACAAGAACUUGAGCAAGACCAGAAGCGGCUUCUGGAAUUGAGGCAAGAGAAGGUACAGCAACUGCGGGAGAAGCUGUGGCAAGAGGAGAAAGAGGAGAUCCUCCAGCUUCACCAGCAGAAAGAGAAGUCUCUCAGUUCCCUGAAGGAGCAGCUGCAGAAAGCCACUGAGGAGGAGGAGGCUCGGUUGAGAGAAGAAAGCCAGAGGUUGUCUCAGCUCCGAGCCCAGGUUCAGUCUAGUGCAGAGACAGAUGAAGCUCAAAUGAGGGCCGAGCAAGAGGCUGCCCUGCAGAGGCUGAGAGAAGAGUUGGAGUCUCUACAGAAGGCCGAGAGGGCCAACUUGGAACAGAAAAACAGGCAAAUGCUAGAGCAACUCAAGGAGGAGAUGGAGGCUUCCGAGAAGAGAGAGCAGGCUGCCCUGAGAGCAGAGAAGGAGAAGGCUCUGCAGCAGCUGAGGGAGCAACUGGAAGAGGAGAGGAAAGAAGCUGUGGGUGUGCUGGAGAGAGAGCACAGUGUUGAGCUGGAGCAGCUCCGUGCCUCAUUGGAGGCCAAGCACCAAGAGGUGGUUUCUAGCCUCCAGAAGAGGAUAGAGGAAGCUCAACAAAAAGAGGCAGCCCAGCUGCAGGAGAGCCUUGGGCGGAUGGAGCAGCGAGCUUAUCAGAAAGUCCACCAAGUGACUGAGUAUGAACAAGAGCUCAGUGGUCUCCUGAGAGAGAGGCGUCAGGAGGUGGAAAGGGAGCACGAGAAGAGGAUGGACAAGAUGAAGAAGGAACACCAGCAAGUGCUGGCAGAGACCAGAGAACAGUAUGAAGAUGAGGAGCGGAAGCAACGGUCUGAACUUUUGGGUCACCUGACUGGAGAGCUAGAGCGCCUGCGAAGGGCCCACGAGCGUGAGCUGGCGGCCACAAGGCAAAAGCAGGACAAGCAUCUCGAGGACUUACAGCGCCGGCACCAUGAGCAGGAAAGGAAACUUCAAGAUUUGGAGGUGGAACUUGAAACCAGAACUAAAGAUAUCAAGACCACAUUGGCUCAGUUGGACAUUCAGGUGGAGACCGCCCGCAAGGAGAAGCAGCAGCUCCUGGAAGUGCAGAAGCAGGUUGCUCUGGAGAGCGAGGAAGCCACAGCUACCCAUCAGCAUUUGGAGGAGGCAAAGAAGGAGCACACUCGCCUGUUGGAGUCAAACCAACAGCUCCGAAGAGUUCUCGGUGAGCUUCAGGACCAUAAGCUGGAGUUGGAGUCCCAAGUGGAACUACUGCAGACCCAGAAUCAGAGACUGCAGAAACAGCUCAGCAGCCUGGAGGCUGAAGCUCAGAGGAAGCAGGACACGUUGAAAGAGAUAGCAGUCGAGGAGAGUAAUGCUUCCCCGCGCUUAGAGCCGGAUCUCCACAUUGAGGACCUGCGGAGAUCCCUUGGGACAAACCAGAUCAAAGAGAUAUCCUUUUCUCUCUCACAGAGCAAGGAGGAGAACAACUUGUCCAUGGAUAGCAAUCAUAAUGUCCGGCACUUUAUCUCUGCUGAAGAGAUAGCCCUCUGUAAUGCCAAGGAGUUUCUGGAGCAGCAGACACACUCCAUGAGGAGGCGGCAGACAGUUCUGAAGGUUGCCCAGCAGCACUGGCGCCAAGAGCUGGCCACUGCCCCAGAGGCAGCCAGAGACCUGCCAGGCUCCAAGAUUCUGGAAGAUGUGAACAAGAACUUGAAGAAGGAGACCAAGCACCUGGAUGAGAUGAAGUCUGCCAUACGGAAAAGUCAGGACCUGCUGAAGAAGAAGGAAGAGAAGCUGAGGCAGCUGGAGUCCUCUCUUCAGGAAGAGGCCUCAGAUGAGGACACUCUGGGAGGAGCCCCUACCAAGAAGGUGGUGACCUUUGACCUCAGCAACAUGGAUGACAUGAGCAGUGAAAGUUCUGAAUCUUCCCUCCUGCUUCAGAGUGAGUGGUAGUAGCAGCAGGGAAAUGAGCUCACCCCAAGUCCCAGCUUCCCCAGCAAGAUCCAAUACUUGUACAGUUCCCUGCAGUGGAUCAGCAAUGAGAUAAAUGGUGUCCUCAGCAUGCUGAGCAGCCUGAGUGCUCAGCCCCUGCCCCCACUCUUCACUUCAAUGCCGGCACAGUUCUCUCCCCUGGCCUCCAAAGGCACCCCUGUUCCCGCUUACUCCUCUCUGCCCAGAGUCUCAACCCCGGCCCGGCAUAUGCCCAAAUCCACCCGGUGGGCCUGGGACCCAGGGCUGGGUCCCAGGCUCUCCUCUUCCAUAACUCAAACAGUGGACGACUUCCUGCUGGAGAAAUGGCACAAGUAUUUUCCAGCUGGAGUUCCGGUCCUCAGCAGUAGUCCUGCCCCACUGAAGAACAGGCUAGGUUAUGUGUCAGCCAGUGAGCAGCUCCGCCUCCUACAGCAACCCCGUUCCCAGCUGCCUGCGGCGAGCAGCACCAACUUUCAGGUCAUGAUCGAGGCUAACCGAAAGUGGCUAGAACAUUUCAAGAAUGACCCCAAAUCAUGUCUCUUCUCAGUGCCCAAACCGACAGCCACCUCUGGCCGUCUGCAGCUGGGCCUGGAUGAGAAAGAAAGGCUGAAGGUGUAUCGCUAUUAA